AUGAAAUUACACAUGAAGUAUCAACUUCAGCUAUCACUGGCUGUGCUAUUUCAACUUUAUCACUCUACAGCAGGAUACACUGGGGGUAUGUUUACACCAUCGUAGCUUAAUUACUUAAAAAUUUUAGAUAAAAAAGUAAUUUUUUCUUUUUAUUUAAUUUUAAAAUUGACCUAUUCUAACCGUUUAGACGGCCCACCAACAUUCCUAGUCCGCCCACAGGAUUCAAGAGUACCAAAUGGCUCAACCUUGGUGCUAUUUUGCCGGGCUUCGGGACAACCAUUACCAUCUAUUAUGUGGUUGAUGAAUGGACAUACUAUAGCUGAAACUCGGUAAAUCGCAGUAUUUUAUUUCCUUUAUUGUAUGAUAGUUUUGGUUUAAUUGACUUACUAAUCUCAAAUUUUGGGUUCAAAUUAUAGUAAUACACCUUGAAAUUAUCGAAAAAAAGUUCCACUUGAAUAAUACUGUUUUGCGUAAUUAGCGGUUUUUAUUUUACCCCACACGAACAUCGUUUUUUAUUAUAAAUUUUGCUCCGCCCACUAUAACUAAUAAUUUGAUUUACUUUAAUAAUCCAGGUGUUUUGGUCUUUAAUUUUACUAUUAUGAAAAGGAAAUAAACAAAAAUACGUGGUAUUUAUUGUGAUUUAGUGGCUAAAAUGUAAUUUGUAUAAAAAAAAUCUAGUUUUCAUUGUAAUUUUAUUAAUCUCAUUAUAACAAAUUUAGUAUUACUGGAAAGGCCUAGCUUUUUGAAAAUUUACCUGAUUUUACAAUUAUAUUAUAAUAUUUACUAGCCCAUGGUAUUUUCAGAUUCAAAAUCAAGACCCUACCGGAUGCCCUAUCCAUUCUGCGAAUAGAAAACGUGAAACUAGCAGAUUCUGGCAAAAUCGUAGCGUGCACAGCGGAAAAUGGAAUAGGGGACCCGUUAAAAACCGAGUCAUCACUUACGGUAUUUCCGGAAGAUCAAGUGCCACCCGGUUUCCCGGUUAUUGAAGCACAUCCAGUGAUGAAGUCCGUAGAAAGCGGCCGAACCGCUCAUCUCAGCUGCCGAGUUAGUGGUGAACCAACGCCAAAGGUAUUGUGGCUUAAAAACUCGAUACCUGUUAACGUAAAGAACAACCCACGGUAUUCUGUGUCUACAAUGGGGAAUCCUGGAGCAUUGAUGAUUCAGAAAGCUAAAGAAGAAGAUCAAGGCCGAUAUGAAUGUGUAGCCAGUAAUGAUUUGGGUGUGGUACAUUCAAAAGCUGUACAUUUGUUUGUUAAAGGUACGUCUUAUAUUAAUUUUUUUCAAAUAAAUUUUAAAAAUAUUCAACGGUUAGACUAUAAGAUAUAUUGCAGAACGUCAAAACCCGCCCUACUUUUCGUUUAAACUUCCUCCAGUUCAUCGCGUACCUUCUGGUGGAGCAGUCAAUUUAACAUGUGUAGCUGUUGGAUAUCCAAUGCCGAGAGUGUUCUGGAGACGCCAAUCAGAUGGAGAAAUCUUAAAUGAUCCACAAACAGCACCAAUUGGACGUAAUGUUCUUACUGUUACCGAUGUUCGGUCUACUGAAAGCUACAAAUGUGUAGCUGUUAGUAAACUAGGCAGUAUUGAUGCUACAACCGUCGUUCAACCCGAUGGACGUAAGUUUUUUUACUUGGACGGCUUAGGCUUGUUUCAGUGCGAUAAAUUUACCCUGUCUCACACUAUCCUAUAAUAGAAUUGCAGCAUAAUUACAAUUAAUUACUAGAUUACCUAAUACGAUGUUAUAAUAAUAUAGCCUUAGAGAAAAUACAAGAAAUUUUGUUGCGUAACUCUUCUGAUGUAACUUGUAUUAUUUUAUAUAAUAUUUGCCUCGAUGUAAAACGACCCAAAAAAUUACUGCGAGUACUGGAAUUUUUUGUGUUUGGUUAGCUUUUAUGUGCUAUGUUAUAUGUGUAUGUAAACUUGAGAUCUACUGUCUAAAGUCAUUAUUCAGAAUGUUAAGCCUACGCCUCGGUCUAAGCUUAAGCCUACGCCUCAGCUUAAGCCUAAGCCUAAGCCUAAGCCUAAGCCUAAGCCUAAGCCUAAGCCUAAGCCUAAGCCUAAGCCUAAGCCUAAGCCUAAGCCUAAGCCUAAGCCUAAGCCUAAGCCUAAGCCUAAGCCUAAGCCUAAGCCUAAGCCUAAGCCUAAGCCUAAGCCUAAGCCUAAGCCUAAGCCUAAGCCUAAGCCUAAGCCUAAGCCUAAGCCUAAGCCUAAGCCUAAGCCUAAGCCUAAGCCUAAGCCUAAGCCUAAGCCUAAGCCUAAGCCUAAGCCUAAGCCUAAACCUAAGCCUAAGCCUAAGCCUAAGCCUAAGCCUGAGCCUAAGCCUAAGCCUAAACCUAAGCCUAAUCGAAGCUACUAAUUACUGCGAGUGUUUACGUAAUAAAACACUUUUUACCUGCCGUGUUUCAAACGUAUAUAAAUGACUGUGGUGUAAAAAAACUUUAUUAUUAAGAUUAAAAAGCUUAAUCUUUAGCGUUUAUUCCCGUUCCACCGCCUGUCAACUUGCGAAUAGUGGAUGUUAACGAUACUUCAGUCAAAAUUCGGUGGGACCCUGUUACAAGAUCCGAAAAAAUUGCCAAGUUUAUUGUUACAUAUCAGGUCAAGUAGGUUUUUAUUGUUGUUUUUACGAAUAUGGGUGGGUUUUCUAUAUUGCUUUGGAUGGUUAAUAUCCGAAUAUCUAUCCACAUCUUAUAAAUUGAUAAUUAUAUCUGAUAAUAUCGUUAUAGAUUUGAUUCACGGACUGUUGUUGAAAAAAUAAUAUUUGAUGUUGCUUCAAAUCAAGCUCAUAUCCAGAAUUUGGUGCCUUUUAAGGUAAUAAAUAAUUUAUUUUGGGCUUUGUUACCUAAAUUCAUUUUUUAUCAACUAAAAGUUGUUUUUUAAUUUUUUUGUUACCUAAUAACGAGUUUAAAUAUUUUAAAGCGUUUUUCUCUAAAUAUAACUUCUGUUUAGCAUUAUCAAUUCACGGUAAAAGCGGUAACCGCUUCUGGACGUCAGAGUGAACCUUCAUCUCCUAUUGAAGCUCAUACGGCUCAACAACCGGCAGAAAGUGCGCCAUCGGACGUUCGGGUUCGCCCAUUGACCGAAAAAGGAUCGGUUUUGGUUGAGUGGACAGCCCCAGACGAAGAUUUGUACGGAACAGUGACGGUACGAAUUUGAACGUGAAUAUUUUGAGCAUUGUUUUGGUUUAUAUUAUGCGGACAUAAAGAAUCCGCCAUACUUUUCCUAUAAUUUUCUGUAAUAAAGGCGGGUUUUUUAUGUCGGCACUUAAUAUUUUACAUUUUAUGCUAGUUUAUGUUAAAUUCUUUUUGCUUUUAGGGUUAUAAGGUAAUUUACACAGACGUUGCGGAAACUACUCCAGAAGAUGGGUGGAAACAAGUAAGUUUAAAUUUGGAAUUGAUGAAAAUUGUUACCUAAAAAAUAUUAUUUAAAUUGAAAAAAAACCAAAAAUAUGAUCUAAAAUUGAAGUCAUAAUGCUUCUAACUGCUUUUAUUUUAAUUUUUAUAGAAAGAUAUUGGCACAAGAGACACGGCUACCACGAUCAACGGCUUGGAUUUGGCGAACGAACACUACAUCAAGGUCAAGACAAUGAACUCGAAAGGUGCUUCUCCAUGGUCGAAUGUGGCUAGGAUUGUUGUGAAGCCGGAUAAUGGUUGGUUUUAUUACUUUUAA